CCCAUAUCUGUAUGAUCAUGAAUAUACCAGAAUCCAGUCAUACGGCUGAAAGAGUCCAUCAAUAUGCUAGAACUUCUAAUCCCGAUCAAUGAUGCGGUUGAGUCAAGAAGUUAAUAUGACUAAUCAACCAUCCGCGGUACGUACGGAGUAGAAGCCGUUACCCGGCCCACCACGACCCCUCUCUGCUCCGUAGAAGAAAAAAUCAAGAGCUAGAAGUGUAAGCGAGAAAGGCGCGAAAAAAAACAAUCAUUCAGCCUCCGCAGCCUUGUCUUGCACUCGAAAAAACAUCCAAAGGAAUCUACACAAAUACGAGCAUGGCACAAGCAAUAAAAGAUAGUUUCCUCAACUUGGAGAAGUAUCGGCAACAACUUGAGGAUAAUAUCGCAAAAUUACAAAAAUCACUGCAGCACUGGCAAACUUGGGAUGCUGAAUAUGAUGGCUUGAAAGAAGAAAUCCUGUCAGCCGAUCCUACCCCAAAUCGCGAUGAACUCAUAUCGAUCGCACGAAAUUACGAAGCAGACUUGGUUAAAGGAAAAGAGAUCGAAGAAAUACUCGGCACCGGCACUCAGAGAACGGCUGAACAAGUCGUAAAUUUGUUGGAUCGGAGACUGGAUUAUGUUCAGCAAAACAUCAACACAAUCAAGAAGCAGAUCGAAACCGCAGAAGAGAAAUUGGCAAAAGCAACUAUCAUUAGUACUCCGGACGUAAGAAAUGAGGAGGGGCUUCCUGUAACGGAAAUCAUUGAGGAGUUGGAUGAUGAGGGGAAUGUCAUUUCUUCGAGAUUAUCAACGCCUGGAGAUGUAAAACCACAAUUGUUGGAAGUAUUACACAAGGCUGGAAUAAUUGAACCGGCAUCAAAGGAUGAAUCACUUCCUGCAGAGGAGGUAGGAGAUGAUGCGCAAUCUAAAAAAGCUUCCACACAUGUCGAUACUAUUUCCCUGCCGACGGAAACUAAGACUGUCAACACAAGACCCAAACCAUUCGCCACAUCUCCAAAGCCUGUACAAAAGAGCGUGAAGUUUACAAACGAUUCAAAGACAGAGUCCGUGGAAUUGAAACCAGCAAUAUCCCCAGCUGCAAAGCGCCUCGAAGAGCUUAUGCAGUCUGCCAAAGAAUCGGAGAAAAUUUCAUCUGAGCCCGCCAUCAUACCUGCCGAUGAAUCUCCGGAAGAUGCAGCUUUGCGGCGAGAUAUGUUACAAUAUGGAAUGUCAGAAGUUGGAUCUGUGGUGGCAGAAAUAAAUUUAGAAGAUGGCAGUGACUGGGAAUCUGAAGACUAUGCAGACGAUUCUGAUAGUGAUGACGACGAGGAUCAAUUUGGCAAAUCGACUCGUCCAGUUGUGAAUGAUGAACUUCAUCAGCGUAUGAUUGAACUCGAGGAAAAACUUGGUGUCAGAAUGAUGGAGAAUGUUGGAAAAAAUUCGGAUGAUUACGGUAUGGUCCAAGAAGGAAUUGGACGCAUAUCUAUUAGUGGUAAAGAUACGAAGGAUGCUGGCGAGGGAAUUCUCACAACAUCUAGCAAGGAGAAGUUGGAGGAGUCAAACCCUAUUAAAUCUUCUACUACCGAUGACUCCUCAAAGAAGAGCGUCAGGUUUGCAGAGGAACUAGAUAUUUCACCUGCUCCUGAGAAGCCUAUCGCUUCUUCCUCGAAGGCGGAGACUAAGGUUGCUCCAGUUGGAGAUAUCAUUGAGAGAAAAGCUCCAGGUCAAUCUUCUUCCGCACCUCCAGGACAGAAGAAGGCUUCCCGCUUCAAAACUUCUCGAGCUUCGUUGAGUAAUAGUACUAAGGCUGUUCCGAAUGCUACAUCGAUUACCACAAAUUCUUCGCAUCUCAAACUAUUUCCUGCCACUCCAGCUACUCCCAAGCCCUUUUCUCAACCAAUUUCCUUUGCACCAGCAAUCGAAAACCCUCGUACAGUUCCCACUGGUCCUGCGAACCGCACACUUGCACCCAAAAUUAUCGAACGGGAGGUACCGCUCAACACCAAUGCAGCCGCACCUGAUGAAUUCGAUCCGCAGUUAUUACACCAAGAAGUUGCGACUGAAUAUCAUCGAAUGAGGAACAGGAUGAUUGGCAAACAAGGUGGCUUCGCUCGGGAGGAGGAGAGUGAGAUCGUGCCAUUUACGGAAGAAGAGGGAGGUCCAAAGAAAGUUAGUAGGUUUAAGGCAGCGAGGUUGGCGAAGUCUUAAUGUCUGGUAGGUGUUUAAUAGAAUCAAGAAUUCAUUUUACGACAAGUUUCAGGUGGCUACCCAUUGUAUGUUCCUUUUAUUACUGGCACAUUUUUCUGUUUCUCAUUUCCCCAUUUGGUCAAUAUCUCGACCUGGUUCAAUGGAGGUCCGAUCAGGCAAAUCAGGAGGUACGGUGAAGACCAUUAGCAAGCAUUUACUACCAUGAAAGUAAGUGACACAAUUGGUCUCCUUGUCAAUCACCUAUAUAUAUACAUAUACAACUUGCCCAUCGUUGUGGCUAGUGCGUAUCAGACCUUUUUUUAACGCGCUUCUCUUUCCACCCUUUCUUACCUCUCACUCCUUCGGGGUUGUA